CGGCACCGCUGAGGCCGCACCGCGGGCGCUGGGUCUGUCCAGCGCUGGGCCCCGCAGCUCUGCACGGACACUGAGGUGCUGGAGCAGGUCCAGAGAAGGGAACGGAGCCGGGGAAGGACCUGGAGCACAAGAGGGGCAGGUGAGGGAGCUGGGGGUGUUCAGCUGGAGGAGGCUCAGGGCAGAACUUCGCACUCAGCACAGCUCCCCGACAGGAGGGGUCGGGUCGGGCUCUGAUCCCCAGUAACAAAUGGCAAGGGGACAUGGCUCAAGCUGUGCAUGGGGAGGUUUAGCUUGGACAUUAGGAAGAAUUUUUCAGGAAGAAUGAUUAGAAAUUGGAAUGCGCCGCCCAGGGACGUGGUGGAGUCACCGUCCCUGGAAGUCUUCAAGGAAAGAUUAAACGUGCCCCUCCGUGCCACGGUCCGGUUGGCCCGCUGGCCAACCAAACGUCAAGCUCCCCGGUCCCAGCAGCCUUCCCCAGCCCGAUCGAUCCCGCGGUUCCGUGCCGGUCCGUCCCUCUCCGCCCCCGCCGGUUCCCGCCCCGCUCCGCCCCGCUCGAAAUGGCCGCGCUGGGGAGGCUGCUCCGCGCCGCGGUGCCCGUGGUCUCCGCCGCCGGCAGCAGGGGCACGGCUCGGCCCCCGGCCUGCGCCCGCCGCGCCUUCAGCCUCGGCUCCGCGCGGCUCGCCGCCGCCGUGACCCAGCACGCCCCGGCCUUCAAGGGAACGGCCGUCGUUAACGGGGAGUUCAAGGAGCUGAGCCUGGAUGAUUUCAAGGGGAAAUACCUGGUUCUCUUCUUCUACCCCCUGGAUUUCACCUUUGUCUGUCCCACGGAAAUUGUGGCUUUUAGCAACAAAGCAAAUGAAUUUCGUGACGUGAACUGUGACGUGGUGGCAGUUUCAGUGGACUCUCAUUUUACUCAUCUGGCCUGGAUAAACACGCCACGAAAGAGCGGCGGUUUGGGAAAAAUGAAUAUUCCAGUUCUGUCAGACCUCACCAAAAAGAUCUCCCGUGAUUAUGGGGUGCUGCUGGAAGGACCUGGCAUAGCACUGAGGGGUCUGUUCAUCAUUGACCCAAAUGGGAUCAUCAAGCACCUGAGCAUCAACGACCUGCCCGUGGGGCGCAGCGUGGACGAGACGCUGCGGCUGGUGAAGGCGUUCCAGUUCGUGGAGACCCACGGGGAGGUGUGCCCAGCUAACUGGACUCCAAACUCCCCAACGAUCAAACCAAGUCCAGAAGGUUCAAAAGAAUAUUUUGAAAAAGUGAAUAAAUAAACAUUCAACUAUGGAGACAUUAGGAAAACAGCUGUGAUUGUAAAAAUUAAUAAUAAAAAUAAAAGGUCUCAUUUUGUCAUGUGUAACAAGAAAUUAAAUGCUGAAAUAUU